AUGUCUUCCUCUUUCUUCACGACCCCGGCCUCGCAACGGAAAAGGAAAAGGUCUGAGGGUGCACCCGGCGCACCACGAAGACGCGAUGGCGACUCGAAUGCCUCACGACCGCCAAAGACUGCCCGCCGCGUCGAACGGGAAGAGUCGAUAAGCGGAAGCGAAAGUGACGAUGAUGGUCGCGGAGGUUUCUUCGAGGAACAGGAUGGCGAAUCAGAAUCUUCAGAGGACGAAGGAGAAACGGCAGCGGAAAAGCGCCUCAGGUUAGCUCAACGGUAUCUCGACAACAUCCGGAACGAAGUCGAAGAAGAGGUCGGCUUUGAUGCGGAACAGAUCGACAAGGACCUCAUUGCGGAGAGGCUGAAGGAAGAUGUGGCGGAAAACAAGGGCAAAAUCUACAGACACAUUGCUCAGGAGCUGGACUUUGAGGAGGCGUCACAUGUUUUUGGACACUCCGGGUUGCAGAAGGCAAUUACAGGCUGCGCGGUCAAGCUGCCAUAUGUCUGGACCAUAAGCAAAGAUCUUUGCGUGGAAAAGUGGGAGAUUCCCGAUCCGAAGUCUUAUGCGCCGGACCCUGACCGACCCACGAACAUCACACCGCGAAGGACACCCAAGAAGCUCUUUUGGCGGAAAGGCGACAAGAACAAGAAGGGCGACAGAGCCUUCAUUGGUCAUACGGGCGAGAUCAUCUCAAUAGCCGUAUCAGACUCGGGCAAAUAUCUGGCAACAGGCGACAAGCAUGCGCGCUUGAUCAUCUGGGAUGCAGAGACACUUCGACCGCGCCAUCUGUUCACCCGCCACAGAGACGCUGUCACCUCGCUAUCAUUCAGGAGAGGGACGGAACAAUUAUUCUCAGGAGGCGCAGAUCGUGCGGUGAUUGUAUGGAGUGCACCAGAGAACGCCUACAUCGAAACGCUGGUCGGACAUCAAGACACCGUCGUUGGCAUUGCCGGUGGUUUGGAAGUCAACCAGGAGACUUGUGUUAGUGUGGGUGCAAGAGAUCGCUCAGCGCGUCUAUGGCGAGUCGUGGAGGAGAACCAGCUGGUCUUCCACGGUGGUGGGACUGCAAGACAAAAGGGCAUGGCCAAGCUGCGCAAAGGUCAAUUUGGCAAACAUGUAGACGAAGAGGACAAGGCAAACGAUGACGAAGCCAACGGCGACGAGGACGAUACCCCAAUUGCAUACGCAGAAGGCUCGAUCGACUGCGUCGCACUGCUCGAUGCGGGGUUGUUCGUCACCGCAUCCGACAAUGGUGCAUUGUCCUUGUGGUCAGUCAACAGGAAGAAGCCACUUUUCGUCCAGCCCCUUACACAUGGCCGCGAUCCCGCACUUCGCCCAGACGAGAUGUCAGCAAACCAUGAUGCCUCGACGUCAGUCAAGCCAGGACCACGGCUAGCGAGAUAUGUCACUGCACUUGCCACCGUACCCUUUGCCGACCUCAUCCUCACUGCCAGUUGGGAUGGCUGGAUACGAGCAUGGAAGAUCGGAGCCGACAAACGCUCGAUUGAGCCUGUCGGCAAAAUCGGACGCAUACCGGUUGCGGAUGAUGAGGACAUGGUUGACGAAAACGCGAUCCUCAUCCGAGGCAUCGUCAACGGCCUCUCUGUACAAGAGCGAGGCGACCGUGGCAAGGAAGGACUCUGCGUCGUCGCAGCCGUGGGCAGAGAACUGAGAUUAGCGCGAUGGAUGUCAGCAAAAGUGAAGAACGGGAUUUACGUAUUCGAGGUACCACGCAAGAGCCUCGCGAAUGGCGCAGGCGACGAGUCGGAAGCGGAAGCUGAAGUGUAA